AUGGCGGGUGCCGGGGGGCAGAGGAUGGCGUCGAUGCUGCCGCACCUCCUGAAGACCCUUGGGGGGAGGACAUCUUUCCCGGCGGCUAAUCUACCAAGCCAGACACUCCCGUCUCUCAGGUAAUGCCCCGUAUCGUCAAUCUCUGCAUCUCGUUCGUUGGGUGAGUUUCGUUCUUCAUCUGCGUUCCUCACGGGCUGUUCCUGAUCUUUUGGGGGUGGGGGGGAUGGGGGGGAGAGGACAGGCGGGCGUUUUCACUCUAUGAUCAGAUAAAUCUCAUCGAUAGCGUUCCUGAAGAUCAGCUGCGAUUUCAGGGGUAAGCGACUGUUUUUGACAUUGAUGGUAUUACUACUCUUGAUGUAUGAGUUUAUACUAUGUUUUGUCUGUUCUUGGUUUCCUGUGAAUUCUUAUCUCGAAUCGUUCCGCUUUUGUUGUCAUGAGGCGCAGUGAUGGAGCGAUGUUGAGACCUGUCAGCACAGGUUUUACUACCAAGUUUUGGAAUAAUGGAAAACUAAUUGAAUCGUUAAAAUAUUCUGAAGCAGGUUGCUAUGGAGAAUAAACGUCGAACUGAUUAGUCCGAAGUUGAAAACAUGGCGAAUAACAAUAAAAUUAUAAAUAGUGAUCAAGUGAUUCCAACACUUACCUGAAUAUGAGCUUCUGCAUGUUGUGAAUGAACAUAGAACACCAACAUUAGGGUUAGAAUGUUCAAACAAUUGAUGUUGCGCGAAUAAGGGAUGACGACGGAAAUCAGUUUGAAACACGAUUCACAUUCAAUGAUAUUCUUUUUCAGCACAUUAUCUAUGCUUAUACUCUUAGUGUGCUGGAAAGUUAACAUGCAAGAGGUGAUUUACUAGCUAUAAUUACUGACAUUGUCGAUAGAAUGAAGAAUACUACUGGCAGUGAAUCUACAGCAGUAAUUACUCCUGUACCUUUACUAUGCUAUUAUACAUCUCAGUAAUUGAGUGGAAGAAGCAUCUCGGUAGAUAGCCAGAUUCAAUACUGAAUGUUGAAAGGAAAUUAGAUGGAGAUAAUAAUAGCUAAAUAUGAUUAAUGAUUCACUGAAGUUUCUCCGAAUUUUAAGGAUGAUAUAGAUCUCUAUUUUCAUCAGAGCGUGGUCCUUUACCACUGUCUAGGUAACAGGACCCGGCAACUUGGUGAUGUCUACUUCUAGAUAUGUUUAAACUCAAAAUGAAUGCAUAGAAGUAAGAAAAUUAGAAACAUAAAUAUUCAUGAUAACAUAACAAGGAAUAAAAUAUAACUAAAGUAAUAAAAAAUACGUUUUAAAUAAAUUGAUUGUCGCUCAAGUAACUUUUUUAAUAUCCAUUGAUAUAAAGAAUUAUGUAUCGAUAGUAUAAAAAUAUAUGAUAGGGCUUUUGACCAAAAGUUCAUUCACGCUCAAGAAGGUGUGGAGAAGGUACCAUUUGUACAUCAUUUUGUACUGUGUGAAUGGGUUUCACAUCAUAUGCCAUACUAUGUUUUAAAUUGAAAUCGCUUUGCACAUAGAAAGAUAUUCUACGUUAUUCCCAGAAUAAUGCUGUCAUGCAAAGUAAAUUCAUCAAACACGCAUUGGCUUUAUAAGUACAUAUAUGAUAGAUGCGAUUUGUAGAUCCUAUUUUUUUUUUCAAAGCUAUGAUUUUCUUGAAUGAUUAUGAUUCACCUUUCUAAGACGGUAUGAAGUUACGAAGUACACGCUUCUAGAGCUAAGUGUGAGCUUUCUUUGUCGCUUCAUGGUAUCUUUUUGUUGCUUGUAUGUUUUUGCUAAAUUCUGCAUGUUUUUAGGUACUCUGACACAGGAUUCACUGUAAAUGGCGUAGAGUACGAAGGGAGCUUGCUCAUUAUUGGCAAUUUGGUCACAUCUUGGUCUCCCAAAAGCUUUUCUGAGAUAACCAGUGAUAGGUACUUUUGAAACUUUUCGUGUUACGAAGGCAUAUUAUUUAUGUUUUUGGGAGCUUUUCAAUACAUCAUUGUUAUCUCAUCUGCAAGUUACAUUACUGAAUAACACAGCUUUCUGGACAUAUCAUGAAUUUCAUCAAAUAUUCAGACAACCUCUUUCUGUUCUUCUAUUGCACCACUUUCUUUUGAUGGAGCUAAACCUGUCUUAUUGUUGGUAAUGAUUUGGAAUGUAACAGAACCUCCAGUAUCUUAUCAGAAAUAUUUAUUUAUCGGCGAGAUCUGACCUUCUUUGAUUUGUAUUCAGAGUCUGUUCUAGUCCUAUUCUAGCGAAACUUUGUGAGUAUUCCAGAAAAUAAUGCUGGACUAACUUCCUUUAUGGGACUUUAAAUAGGUUUCUCCUAGUUGUCAGUUGGGAACUUAGAACAAUUCAAAAGAGUCCAGGUCAAAUUGACUGCCAAACUUUAUGCAGUUCUAUUUAAUUGUUAUGUCCAUGUUAUUCAAUUUAAAAGAUUUGAAUAUGAUGGCUUCCACUGCUUCUGUUGCUCAGUCCGUUGGUUUAUUAUUACAUCUAUCAAUGAAAAUUAUUCAUCAAUGGUUCCAUUCAUUGAUAUUUUGUAUUUUUCUCUUUUUUCCCCAGUCUAUCAAUGCUCAAAUUGAUACGUCCUGUUCCAGGUAUGUUCAUGCUGAUAUAGCUUGGUUGAAUGUGAAUGAAAGCUUUCUCACUUGGUCUCGGUGCCUGUCAACAUUUUGGUUGGGAACUUCUAGAGAUUUUUUUCUGUUAUUUUUUAUUAAGGUUCGUAGUUUCUUGGGUUUAUUGGCGAUGUUGAAGAAAGGAAUUACUUCUCUUGAAAGUAAUAAUGUAGUUUAUGAAGAAUGUUCAUGGAUUUAGGGAGAACAAACUUUCAUCUGCUUACAAAUAGACCUCCCAUGGUUCUCACCAAAGGUGGAUAAUAGGCGAACACUAUUUGGAGCCAUAGAUGCUCAUUAACUAGUGGUUCCAAAAUGUCACACGUCGCUAGAAAAAUAAUUCGUUUCUUUCAAAUCUUAUUUUAUUGGGCGUUGAAAAAUUUACAUUUGGUUGCUGAUCAUAUGCCAACAAAUGGCGAAAGCAGCCUCACUGUGGAACCAAUGCUUUGUGAUCGUAACGCAUAUAAAAUAGAUGGAAUUUUCCUGAUCUCCUAGAUAGUGUGUGGAAUGAUCAAUAUCUAUGGUGAUCGCCCAUUAGGAGAGAGGACAAAAGGUCAAGUCCAUACCUUCGUUUCUGCUGGUUUCAACCUAUAUAAUUCGGACGAUCUUGUUAUAAGUGCAGAUUGAGGGGAAUUCUGUUGUUUAUAUGGAAUGUAGAGUCCUUUGGCUCCAUUAGGUCUGGAUUUCGAUACUCCAAGCUAGACAAUCACUGAAAUAUAGUUCGCUCUGCUUAGUUGGAAUGCCUCAAGCCUUUGCGUCAAAGUACCUACGGUAAUCACCCACUUCGUUAAUGAACUCAUUCAUUGAGAAAACAGUAGCGUUGGGCUUCUCAUUUUGUGAUCAAGCAUGAAAUAGGCUAAUCAACUUUAUCACCCUGAAUCCGUCAAAGCAGGUGUCAUAUCCUUUGAGUCACUGUGGUAUGACGAGAGCCAGUUCAAAUUGUCUUGGUUUCGCUCAGCCCACGUUUGAGAGACAGAUGAGGAUGCUAUUCAAUUGUAUAUGCUCCAGCAUCCAAUCUUUAAAAGAUUGGAAUUUUUUUUGAACUUUUCUCUAUUCAAUCAGUUCAAGAUCUAUGGGUGUUUCAACCAUGCAAAGACAUUUCUAAUAAAUCUUUUAAGAGGAAAGUUUGGAGAUUGAAUCAAAUUAGUUUUCAUCGUCAGUCAGACCACAUACAGGAUCAAUCAAUGUUCUUUUUGAUUCCCUUUGAGUAAUCAUCGUUGGUGCCAACAAAACCACAUAUCUCAGAGGGAUACGACCUGUCAUCUAUUUUAGAUGAUAUUUUCUUUCGAAUUUCUUGUGAGAAUUCGCAUUCCUCCUCUUGUGAGCAUAUUAUCCGUCGGAGGGAGAAAUGUCUGUAAAAUUCUUACCCUUUAUGAGUAGGGUUUUCUUGAAGAAACUUUACUGGUGAGAUAUAAAUGCUCCCUCUGAUCAUUUACUUCCAGCAGCUGGGAUGGGAUAAUGAUAUUGUUGGCAUGAAGAUGAAAAACAUUGAAGAUUACUGGACGGUGAAGCUCAAGUUAGUUAGGAUUCGUUUGCUAUUACAAAUCAAUGUUCUUGGACCUUGUAUUAACUCGAUGCUAACAUUGUUUCUUGAACAAGUCCAUAUCUCUCGACUACCGCAAAAUCAACUAUACGAUAUGUGAUUAGUGUGAUGACCAAUUUAUGCAUCGACAACAAGCCCCUCAUAUGCUGGUUGUCCAAUGGAUAGACAUUCUAUCAACUCUAGGUAAAAGAUUGUUGUACUCUAUACAUCUAGUUAAAUGAUAGAUAAUACUGACUGGAAAAGCUUAAAAAAAUGACAAGAGUUCUAUCAAGUUAUUGCAAAUUUCGACCGAUUGCUCAUGGGGUUGUUAUGUUUUUACUGUUGAAGAUUCUGCUCAAAGAAAUUAGAUUAGAAUUGAAGUGUUUCCUAUAAAAUUUUACCAUGAUGACAAGGAUGCUUAUCGUAUAAUCAUAAACCUGAUAUUCCACAAUAGAAUGAAAUGCAUUAAGAUUAAGCACCACCUUUGGACCUUACAUAAGAAGACAAGUGUUCACUGUAACAUUGAGAAAGCUGAAGGUGGUAUAUAUAUUAUUCUCAGGUUCGUAGAGUGUUAAGGAGACAAGUGCAUUUGUGUUUUUGUUCUACUAUUAAUUAUUUCUUCUGUUUUAUCCUUGUCACUCCUGAUGAUAUGUGGGGUAGAAUAGGUGUGUCUCAUAAUCUUUUUUGGGUCUGUCAUGUUUUUAGCACAACAAUCUCCCUCUGUUUAUUGUGCAUUCCCGUCUUCUUCUCUGAUCCAUCGACGAUGUUACUAUUUUCCUCUGCUGCAGAGAUUUUAAUUUUGGGUUGCGGAAGGCAAAUUCAGCCAGUGAGUCCUGAAGUGCGUCAAUUCAUUCGGUCUACUGGAAUGAAAUUGGAGCCAAUCGAUUCGGUUUGUGAAGAAGCAUAUUCUCUCAUUUAUUUCUUAAAUAAUUGCUCUCGUUGUUUUCCUAGAACUGUAUCGGUUUCGGUCUAUCAGUUUCAUGAACUUGUUUAUCAUCUGUGGUAUCUGGUAUUAAAUGCAUACCCGUUUUAGUUAUUAUGUUCUUCUUUCAUUCCCCUUGGCAGAGAAAUGCAGCGUCCACAUACAACAUCUUGAACGAGGAAGGAAGGGUGGUGGCUGCGGCGCUCCUUCCCUACGGAUUCUCUUCAUGA